UUUUAAUAGUAAAUGUCUUCAGCAGAUAAUAAUCAAGUUAAUGGAAACCAUCCAAAAGCCAAUGAAACAGUCACUAAGGAUCAGAGCAAACCUCUAUUGUCUAAAUAUGUUUUUCUGUGACUUGGAGGAAUCCUUAUUGGAAUUUUAGCAUACUUUUUGCUCAUGAAUACACCUUUCAAUGAUAUUUUGAAGCCUUACAUUGAGUCAGUAGCCGAACAUGUUGGAGUAAAUAUCGCUGAAUAUUUCUUUGUAGCCAUUUUGUCCCUGGCCGGUCUCUUUGUUCUCUAUACAUGAAUCAGAGCACCCCAAUUUUUCAAAAAUGCCAAAGUUAAUAAGAAGAAAGAUGCUACCAAGAAUGAUACUGGGGAUGCUACUAAUGGGGAAACCUCCGCACAGUUUGAGGGGGAGCUUGAACAAGAAGACAGAGACACUGUUCAAGUGCUUCACAAGGAAGAGUCUCAACAAGAGUCCGUAUUUGAGAGUCCGGUUAGAAGAAUUAAGUUCUUUGAAAAAGCUUCGCAUGAUAGGAAAGUUUCAGAGGAUGGAGACUUCAUUCCUAUUGAUAUGAUUCAUCAAUCUUAUGUUGAUUCUGGAAGGAAAGGAUAGUUGAGUGUAUCCUAAAUUUUGCGUUCCUCAACAUUUUUGAGUAUAGAAGGCGAUAAUA